AUGUGUUGGUCCAUGAAAAGUUCCUUCUUCUUCUCAUGUCUUGGUCUUGUUAUGACUCUUGAUCAAGUGAGAAGAUUUAUGCAAGUAGCAGUUCCCUCAAAAGCCCAAUCCUCCUCCUCCUUUUACAACUUCAAAAAGGCUGCACUCUUCUCCCAAAUUCUUCUCUACGGGACCUACUUUCUGAUGGAGAGUUUGCAAUUUGCUCAGUAUUACUUUGGCUUGAUCGAUUCAUGCCAUACUCCGAGUAAUCAAAUCCUUACGGUAGUGGCUCAUCUCUUGAUUUGGGGUCAACCUCUUGCUCAUAAUUAUUGGUGUUUGAAGAAUACAUUGAAAGGAAAGAAUUUGUAUCGAUUUACGUUGGUCGCUUCUCUGUUGUGUCUGAUCGUUUCUUCCAUUUCCUUGUAUAUGGGUUAUUAUGGCUUGAUGGGACACUUCCCAAAAGCCACUAAUUUCUCGGAACGUGCUGAUGAGAGAAAAAGGCUGAUUGAAUCAAGAACCACGACUUGGGAUGCCUACGGAACAGAAAGUAGCAUCAACGGAGUACCAUUGCAAAACAUUGGUACCAGUAUGUGCUCCUAUCAAGGACCCAAUCAUUUGUAUUGGAUGUUUCCAUAUCAUCAAUUGUAUGGUUAUGCACCUCAUUGGUUCACAUGGCUUCUCAUUACUGUAUUGCCUCACUUCUUUCGUUACCAACCUGUUGAUGAUUGGUUCAUGUCUAAUUACAUUAUGGGAUUUGGAUUGUUCUCAGGUUGGGUGUUGAGUGUGAUUGUUUCAUUAAGUUUUGGUGUCUUUCAUGAAAUUUGGUCUUAUUGGUGUUUGGAAAGUGUGCCUUAUCUUGUGUUGCCUUACUUGUAUAGAAUUGUUUGGAGAGGAAUUAUUGGAGGACCAGAUCCUAAACAUGGUGCUGCCAAUGCUGCUCUUCAAAAAGAAAAAACUUCAAUAAAUAUUAUGAUUCAUUCUUCAACUCGAAGAAAACAUAAUUUACAAAUAAUUUGA